GGCCGAAAUUUUGUUAUGGGACCUCACAUGACCCCAGGAAAAUUUUAAGGAUGAUCAGAAUUUUCAAAAAUUUGCCUCAUAAAAUUCGAUUCUUAUUUUGUAAAUCCAGGAAAAAAUAUUUUAUAAUCAGCGAACUUUUUUGAUUGUUUUUCCAACAUUGUUUAUUAAAUUGAAAAUGUUCACAAUUGAAAAACAUAAUGGGCGCGAAAAUCCUAGUAAUAUGAAAAUUUUAAAACCAUAAAUAAAAGCUUACUUUUACAGACCUCAUUCCAAGUCCAAUUAGAUUAGAUUACAACAAACAACGAAAUGGAUGAUAAGGCGGGGAAGUAAUUGCAUGUUAACACUAAAAUAUUUCUACAAUAGAGAAUUAAAAGCAAAUAUUUACAUUUUCAGCGCUUAUUUGGAAAAACUUUUUAGUAAUUUACAACAGAUUUUGAUUAUUUAGAUUUGAUACUGAACAUCUUUUCAUGUACUGCGAGAAUUAUAAGAUAGGAUCUACCACGUGGGUCGACCAUCUUGUGAAAUUGGCAAACAAAACCAAAAAUGCGGAACACAGUCAUAAACAGGUUGAGAUAUUAUAUCCACAACUAAAAGGAUUGAUUAGAGAUGAAUUUGAGAAAGUCGCAUUCAAGUUUUUUAUUGUCAGGGAUCCUUUUGAGAGAAUCUUAUCUGCCUAUCUGGAUAAAAUGACAGAGAUUUAUCCUAGAAACAGCACACAUUGGGCUACUUUUGGAAAAAUUCAGGCUUGCUACUUAUAAAAUAAAAAUCUUAUUUAGAAAUUGAUUUUUGCCAGAAAUUAACAAUUUAUUUUGCUAUGUUUUUUAUCCAGUUGAGUUUCUUAAUAAAUUCAGCUGGUUAAAAACAAAUUAAUGGAUAAAAAAUGCUGUCCUUGAUUCUUCUCAUUCGGUAAAGGGUAAUAGGGAUUUAUAAGCCCUUGGCUAAAAUCCUUUAAAAAGGAGCAAAAACGUGUUUUUCUGUUUGGUUUGAGAAGAUGUUUUUGAACUCUUUGACGUGUAAUGCUUUAUUUUGAAACUUAUGCGGGGGGCGUCGGUGAUUAGGUGGUUAGUUGAUUGGUUGGUUAGGUGUUUAAUUAAUUGAUGUUGAUGGCUCCUUAUACUCCAUAACACAUAAUCUCAAUAAAUGAAUUUAUUUCAAACCUAUAAAAAAAAGUUUUAGUGGAAAUAAAUAUUAAUUUAACAUUGUUUAAUGUUUAAUAAAAUAAACUUACUAAUUUGGUGUGUUAUGGGGUAAUUAAGGAGUGGA